AUGUCUAAGCUAUGCUCAGAAGGUGCUUGUUAUGAUGAUGAUAAAGAAUUAGUUGAUAAUCUUAAGAAGUUUUACCCACAGCCACCAUCAGUCCCACUAAACACAAAAGAAAUAUUUGAUCAUUUAAAAAUUUUAUACGAUGAUGACAACUAUAUAGAGCUGGAAGAUAAUAUUGAUUUUGAUAACGACGAUAGCCAAAUAAUCAUUGAUGAUACUCGUGGAUUGUUAAAAAAAUUUCUUGAAGAUGUACUCAGAGAUACAAUCAUUUAUAUGGAGAAUGGUAAACGCAGAACAGUCACAUAUAUGGAUGUAGGUGAUCCUUCAACUGCUCAACCUGAUUCAAGUAACAUUGUUGGUUCAAAUCAAAUUGAUAAUAAUUAUGAUGAAAAUAAAACCACCUCUUCACCAGGGAGCGACACUUCAACAAGGAAAACUCCAUCAUCUACACCUACACAGCCUACUUUUAAUGUAUGGCAAGUUAGACAAGAAGCGAUGAAUUCCAAAAAAGCUCCAGAAUUGCUUAAUGGAAAUAAGGAUACCAAUAUUAAUAAUGGAAAUAAUGGAAAUUAUCCUACUCCUGCUCCCAUAAUACCUCCACUAGAGGAUCAAAAUAGUUGGCCUGCUCCUGCCGAAGUCCUAAUUAAAGACAAGGAAAAAGAAGUCAAUAGUGAAUCUUCUGAGAAAAAACAAUCUUUACCAAAUGAAUUAGGAUUAAAGAAAGAAGAAAGUCCUAAAAAAGGUAAAGGCAAAUGGAUUCCUUACGAAGAACUAACUAUCACCCAUAAUCCGCCUUUACCUGGUCAUGAUAGACCAAAAACAAGACGUCGAAGUGAAGAUCAUGCUGGUUACAGGGAUCGCAGAUCAAGCGAAAAGACUCCAAGCCCUGAAGCAAGAUACCAAUCUUCUUCAUCUUCUCAGAAUAAUACUAACAAUAACCAGAGUAAACGUCGUGCCAGCGUGCCACCUCCAUUAAGAGAAAAUGGCCGUCGUUAUUUUAAUUACAACGAAAACAAUCAAAAUGGUAAUCAUAUAUCUUAUAAUGGUAGUAGUUCCUAUCGCGGUUCUAGAAGGGGUGGAAGAGGUCGUUCAUAUAAUGGCCAACGGGGAAUUUCUCGAUCAGCAUCAUUUUCAUACACCACGCCAAUCUAUAAUCAUCAAAAUUACGGAAAUUUUUAUGGAACAAAGAUUGGCGUAAUAUAUGAUAUUGAAAUCUUAAAAUUUUAUGUCUUACAACAAAUCGAGUACUACUUUAGUAUUGAAAAUCUAUGUAAAGACAUUUAUUUACGAAAUAAUAUGGAUUCUGAAGGUUAUGUAGAUAUAUCAUUAUUAGCAGGUUUCAAUCGCGUGAAAGCUUUAACGUUGGAGGAAGAAAUCAUUCGUGAAGCACUUCUUAACAGUCAUAUAGUUGAAGUUAAAGGUGAUAAAGUUAGAAAACGUGACGAAUGGGGAUUCUGGUUAUUGCCUAAACAAGUUCGUACUUUUAAUUGA